GAGGACCGUGCUGGUACUGCCGUGUUUUCUGAUGUCGUGUCCGAAAGCAUGGUGCCACCGCUGGCUUUUUUCAAGUAUGUGCGCGCUCUGUUUGGCUCAACCCAUCGGUGCACCAGGCACUGCUUGCUAUGUCGCUGCCAGUGUUCCACAUAACGGGCGGUAGCUUUUACGAGGUGGGCGUUGCGCACGGCAGGGUAGCAAAGGACCGAAUCCGAGGCUUUUUGGAUCUGCCGUAUAUUGGCCCGCUGAGGUCACUCCGGAGAAGCAACGGGAGCGUGUUCUUCAAAGAGCUCGUCAAGCACAAUCGCAAAGCUUUUCCAGACUACGCAGACGAGAUUUCUGGCAUUGCCCAUGGUGCGCAAGUUGAAGAAGACGAGAUAUGGAUGCUGAACUUGCUAGGUGAGCUUGAUGGUGGUCAUCGGUACGGCAUUCCGAGUGGCAUGACUUCCGCUUCACCACCAAUUUCUCCACGAACUCGGACCCCAACUCCGUCGGAUUCCGCAUGUAGCAGUUUUGAUGACGGCCAUUGUUCAUCUUUCAUUUUCAAGGACGAAUCUGGGGAUCUCUUGCUAGCCCACAAUGAAGACUGGGACGCGGAUGUCGCUGAUCUGAUUUAUUUGUUAGAUGUGACGUAUCCAGGGGAUGAACAUCUCGUGGGUUUCGGAUAUCCUGGGCAGUUUCUUGGCUUUGCUAUUGUAUCGAAUCACCAUGGCCUCCUUUUCACACAGAAUUCGGUUUUCCCUCAAAAGCUAGAGGUCGGUUUGGGCGUCACGUUUGUGAGUCGUCUGGCGAUGAAGGCAGCACGCCUUGAAGACGCAAUUGAAGUGCUGACUACGCCUGGGCAAGCGUGGGGUAUCAGCGUAAACUUGCUUUCGCAAUCAGAAAAAAUCGGGGCAAACGUUGAAGUGGGUGCCAAUGGAAGGUCCCACGUACGCUACAUCGCAGAGCCCAUGGCGUACGCACCCCAUUUCAAUCAGUACAGCCAUUUGAUUGAUGCGACUGGCUGGGCGGGUCCGGGCAGUUCUGCUCGUACAGCCCAUGAGCAAACCAAGGAGCCACCAGGCUGUCUGAAGGACGUGACACAUCGCCUCUGCAAUCGUGAUGGGGCUGGUGCCGUUUACAACCGGACUACAUUUCUUUCGUUGAUCGUAGAAGCUACCGAGAGGGGAGCAAUUUCUUCUUUAUGGCACAAGGUGCCUCCCUGUGGAUCUCAGCCAACAUGUGUUUGGCAUCUGGGCGCAGGGAUUGUCAGCUGACUUAUACUGAUUUUCUGGACUCUGCUGAACUAGCGUUGAAAGAUGAGGCUGCCGUGUUGCGCUCGUGAUGUUCCACCUUGUGCACGUCUUCAGCCACAGCAGGUGUGAUUGAUUUGUGCAGGUGUGAUUGAUUUGCGCACGCGCUUCAGCCUUUGCCGUAUCGCCUGCGGUGAUAGUAGCGUCGGCAGAAGGGUGGCAGAUGGGCGUUCUGAUUUUUGAGCCGGAGUUGAUGGUGCCCCUCGCGCAGGCACAUGAUUGACGUUCCGAGGGCUCUACAUUACCCAAACUAUGUUUCAAAAGCGCCCCCCUCGAAAACACAGGUGCAUCGAUCAGCCAAGUGCUGCUUUGUGGUUCCGGAGUUUCUGGGGUCUUCCAUCUUUUGCAGAUGCUUGCCUGCAGCUCCGGCACAACGCAACCACUUGUUCUCCGCCCUCUGUCUCCCUCUCCGUCCUCAUCCCCUUCCUCUGGCCACCUACCCAUCCUGAACUGAGUUCCCAGGCGGCCACAGCGCCAUGCCGGCCGAGGGUAUCAGUCGUCGAGCGGAUGCCAUCCUCUAUCCUUCUGCAGUCGUC